CAUUGACUUUCUCUUAAGUCUUCUCUGCAAUUUCUAUAUGUGUAGAGAGAAACAAAAGCUUUUGCAUUUUUAUCUUUAGUAGUAAUAAUUUUGAAAUGGAGACGAAAUCUCUACAGAUAAAGGUGAUGUCAGCAAAAGGGCUUAAGAAAGUCUCGAAGAUGGAUGUUUUCGUGGCCGUGAAGUUAUCUGGCGAUCCCAAAUGCUCCGACCACCGUGAGCAGCGGACACAAGUGGCAAGAAACAGUGGAACAACCCCCAAAUGGAGCAAUGAUUUCAUGAAAUUCCCCAUUGACCAAACCUUAGCUGAGGCUAACCGCCUUGUGAUCACUUUCAAGAUCAAGCGAGAGCAACGUGGAAGCGGAGAGAAAGACAUCGGCGAGGUUCACGUUCCUGUGAAAGAGCUUUUGGAUCAUCUUGGAAACGAUAAGACCGGUGAAAGAUACGUCACAUAUCAAAUCGGAAAAUCCAAAGGCGAUAUUAGUUUCACUUAUUCGUUCACCGAUCAGGUGGCGAUUACUAGCGGUGGUGGCUGCUCACGAUACCUAGCUCCCGAGCCGGUGCGUCCUGCAGCGACACACCAGCCUGUUUUGAACAGACCCGUAUUGAGUCAGUUGCUUCCAAGCGUGGGAUCGUUUAGCUACGAUCACGUUCCUUGUCAGUCUCAGUCUCAGCCACCGUUUUAUCCACCACAGGCUCAGCCGGAGAUUCUUCCGCCGGCUUUCUUCCCCGGAUUGUAUCAGCCUCAUGGAUAUCAGAUGAGUUACAUACCGGAAAGUCCACCGACAAUGUAUACAUCUAUAUUUCCUGGCUUAUCAUGUCCGCCGCAGACACAACCGGGGGGACUAUAUCCACCGACGAGCCCUUACAGAUUUUAGCUUAACGGUCAACGUCUCUGAGCUAAGUCGUCGGUGAAGAGAUUUGUAGACUUUUUAACUAAUGAUCACGUCCGGUCCCCCUGCUUGUGUUUUUAUUUUAUUCUUCUUUUUUUUUUCAGUCACCCUCUGUUUGAAAUUUUCAAACAAUAUAAUGCUGUCUUUUUUAUUUGUCUUUAACAGAAGAAUCAUAAAAAUUGUUGCAUUAUUCUAAUUUUUGAACUUGUUGAAAAUAUUGGCAUACGAUUGGGAGAAUUAUGUGUAACAAGUAA